UGGGAUGAAAUGAAAAUGGAAAUGGGAUGGGGAUGGGAAUAUGAAUGGCAUGAUACUGAGAUAGGGAUGGAAAUAGAGACAAGGAUUGAAAUGGGAAUGGAAUGGGGUGAGGUAGUGAUGGGGAUGGGGACAGGCACUCUGGGUGCAAGCUCUGCAGGGCAGUGCACUCCGCACAGGAGCUGGGGGUCCCCCCACUUGCCACAGCCCUGCCCAGCAGUGCAGCUGGAGGAGCUGGUAGCCGUGCACUAUGAGGAGGGGCAGAAGCAGGGGCAGCGCGUCGUGCUGGGCACCGGUGGCUUCGGCAGGGUGGAGCUGGUGCGGUGCCACGAGCAGCUCUUUGCACUGAAGCGGAUCCGCAAGGACCAGGUGGUGCGGACGCGGCAGCAGGAGCACAUGCGCACGGAGAGGAGGGUGCUGGCUCGCAGCCACUGCCCCUUCAUUGUAGGGUUCUUUGGCUCCUUCCGCGAUGCGCAGCACAUCUACCUGCUGCUGGAGUUCUGUCAGGGAGGAGAGCUGUGGACCAAGCUGCGUGAGCUGCGCUGCUUUGAGGAACCACUGGCCGUAUUCUGCUCUGCCUGUGUGGUGGAGGGCCUGGAGUACCUGCACGGCCACGGCAUCGUCUACCGGGACCUGAAGCCCGAGAACCUGAUGUUGGACCAGCUGGGUUACGUCAAGCUGGUGGACUUUGGCUUUGCCAAGGAGCUGGAACGUGGGGAAAAGACGUUCUCCUUUUGUGGGACGCCUGAGUACUUGGCGCCCGAGAUGCUGUGCCACGAGGGCCACGACUUUGCUGUUGACUUCUGGAUGCUGGGCAUCCUGGUGUUCGAGAUGCUGGUGGGCAGGCCCCCCUUCCACAGCACCGACCCCCAGAAGAUCUACAGCCGCAUCCUGGAUGGCAUCUUCUCCUUCCCUGCCUUCCUCAGUGAGGCUGCCUGCUCUCUCAUUGCCAAGCUCUGCAGGAGGCGCCCAGGGCAGCGCCUGGGGAACACAGCCAGUGGUAUCCGUGGCAUUAAGAAGCACAGGUGGUUCGGGGCCAUCCGGUGGAAGCGACUUGCACUGCGGCAGAUGGAGGCACCCACUAUACAGCUAUUGAAGGAGGUGGGGAUGGAGUGUGGGGUGGGGGAUGUUGGGGGGGCC